AUGCCUCCGCAACGAUCCAGGACGGUUGACGGCUCGUGCUGGCGCUGCAAGAAACGCCGGGUCCUGUGUGACCUGAAGCGGCCCUGCUGCUCGCGCUGCAUCGCCAACCAGCACCCAUGCGACUACUCGCUCACGCCUCUGAAGUGGAUUGACGGCGUGGCGGCGCGUGGCAAGCUGGCGGGCCGCAGCGAGCCGUUCGCACCCCCCACAACAACGCCCACAUCCGAAACCAUCGAGACGGCAAAAGAGAUGCUGCGGAUCCCCCGCCCCAUCCCCCCGCCGAUGACCGACGGCACUUUCCUCCGCUACUUCUCGCACGCCGUCGUCCCGCGCUUCAACCUCGGCAUCGACGACCUGGACAUCGACCUGGCCCAAGUCAGCAGCGACCCCGCCCUCCAACACGCCGUCGUCGCCAUCUCCAACGCCCACCAUGCCCUCGACACGCACGUCACCUCGCACUCAAUCCUGCAAGCCAAGGGCCGCGCGCGCCUCGCCGCGCUCGAGGUCUUCCGCAAGCAGCUCGCGGCCGAACGCGUCUCAUCGUCACCGGAACUCCUCUUCAUCGCCAACGUCUUCCACUGCGUGCUCGACGGCAUCAUCGACCCGGGCGACGAGGCGGCGGCCAUGGCGUGCCACUUCCAGGGCGGCAAAGCCCUCCUCUCGCACGGCGGCUGCCUGACGCGCCUGAACAGCACCCACCACCGCCUCUCGUCGUUCGCCGUCUCCAUCUUCGCCACCAUGGACCUCGUCCACUCGCUGCUGACGGGCCAAUCGCCCUUCUUCGACGAGGACUGGGUCAUGGAGCGCGCGGGGCGCCCGUCGUGGUGGGGCUGCCUGUCGGCCGAGGACCCGUUUCUGGGCGUGCUGUCGACGCUGUUCCGCCUCGCUAGCCUCGGGAGCAUGGCGCGUGACCCGUCACAGUCGGUGCCGAUUGACGAGCUGCUGUCGAUCCAGUCGGCCCUGGAGAAGCUGGACGUGCGGUUCUUCGCCUACGCGCAUGCCGGCGGCGGUGGUAUUGCGGACAAGGUGCUCCGCGAGUCCUGGGCCGCCUUCUGCGGCUCGUACCGCGCUACAGCGUCCAUCUACAUGUACCGUGCUCUCUGCAACCUUGACUCGGAUCACGAGUUGGUGCAGGAGGCCACGAGGGAUGGCGUUAGGGCUAUCUGCAAGGAGAAUCUCACGGGGAACAUUGCUCACUGCAUGCUCUUCCCCGUGCUGGUCAUCGGGUCUCACUGCUCGAUUGAAGCAGAUAGGAGGUUGCUACUAAAGACAUUGAAAACUAACGCUACUUACUUGGCCUUCGGAAGCAUCCAGCUGAUGGAGCAGUUCCUGCAGCAAAGGUGGGAUUGCGAAUCCGGCUGGCCGUCUGCUGAUUGGUGGGAGUGCUUUGAGGGUAUUGCCUUCAAGUCCGCCGCUUUCUAA